AUGAGGAUCGACAAAUGCUGGCUAUGUUCCAGCAACAUAUACCCGGGUCACGGGAUCGUAUUCGUCCGCAAUGACUCGAAGAUAUUCCGUUUCUGCCGAAGCAAGUGCCACAAGCACUUCAAGGCGAAGCAUAACCCGCGCAAGCUGAAGUGGACCAAGGCUGCGCGUCGGCUGGCAGGCAAAGAGAUGGUAACGGAUAACUCCGUGGAGAUGGAGCGCCGACGCAAUGCGCCGGUGCGAUACGACCGCAACAUGUAUAUCACUGCGAUCAAGACCAUACAGAAGGCCGAGCGCGUCGAGGAGCUGCGUAAGAUUCUCAUGAGGAGGCAGCGCCGCCGCGCUCUAAUCGCUAAAAAGCGAACGUUGGCAGAGAAGGAGUUGGAGACACACAGUCAUAUCCUCGAGGUACCCAACGAUCUGCUGGAUCGCCGCGAAAAGGACGGCGAGGACGUCGUCAUGGAGAGCAAGACAAAGCGCGUAACGCGGCACAUGAAGGUAUCCCAGCCGAAGGAAAUUGUGCGGGUUCGCAAGUCAAUCAAGAAGUCGCGUCGCUCCGACGACGCCAUGGACAUCGGCUGA